AUGGCCAACCAAGGAAGCAUCUGGAGAAUGGGCCAAGAGCUGGUCGACAAGGAAGAGUUGGCCAGGAAGAUGGGAGUUUGUUUGAACUUUAAGGUAAGUCUUAAUAAUAAUACAUAAUAAUCUUGUGUACUAAUAAUAAAUUAAUAAUAACUUUACUGUAAUAUUAAUACUGUACUAUUAGUAAUUACUGUACUUUUAAAAAUUACAGUACUAUUAAUAAGUACAGUUCGGCUCCUGUAUAACAAAUAAAUCAAAGACUUUGAAUUUGUUUGUUAUAAAAGAGUUUUUAAUUCGAAAUACAGUAGAACUACUGUAUAACAAACCGCUGUAUAAUUAACAAGUCUUGAACUCCUAUCUAUUGUUAAACAGUCUAUUUGAAAUGUAUAACAAACCCCUCUAUAACAACAAGCCUGUAUAUCAAACAACUAUUUAGUCUCUAUCUAUUCUAAGUCUAUUUAAAACUCCUAUACACCAAAACUCCUUCAUAACGAACAAAUUUAAAAUAACCGACGAAACAUCGUUAUACAGGAGUUGCCCUGCAUCUAAUAGAAAUAUUAGCCUUUACAACACAAAUCUUUAACAAAAAAUUGAUUUUUAAAACUAAUAUCAUACUGUAAUUUUAAAUUUUGUAUUUUUAAAAACCUUAUUUUCAGUUAACGCCAGGCGGAGGAUUCCUCCGUACCACGCCGGCCGAAAGGGCCGAAAUCCUGGCCAACCUGGGCAAGGAAAAUAAAGAAGAAGGUAGGUUAAUAAUAAUAAUGAUAAAAAUGAUAAUGACAACAAAAAAAAGCAAUUUAAUAUUAGGUUGUUCAAGUAAUUCUAAGCCCUACAACUCCGAAAAUAUGCUUUAGAAAGGAGCACAGAAUUAUUUGAACAACCUGAUACAAUAAUGAAUAAAUAAUACUAAUAAAAAGCCCUUUAAUGUCGCCGUUACGUACAAUAACAAUAUAUGUUACUGUAUAUAGUAUGUACUAUCCAAAACUACUUUUUAUAAGCUUUUAAUCAACAAAAUUAAGUUAAACAGUAACCAAACAUUAUAAACUACAACAAUUUCGAAAAUCAAUUUAAAUUAAUUUCAGUGACACCAAAGGCUGAACCAAAGCCAGAACCCUACCCCCAAGUCAAGGCCGACCCCUACAUUAAGAAGGAGCACGGUGGUGCAGGCUUCCGCGGCCACCGUGACAUUAAGCGUGAGGUGAAAGCCGUGCGCUGGGUGAAACAAGAGCCCGGCUGUUCUAGCCACCGUGCCGAACCAAGCCGUUGCCAGCCGUACCAUUCUAACAGAAGUGGCCGCGACGAAGUCCGGGACCGCGGCCAGAAAAGGCCAUUCAACUCCGUGGAGCCUCAGGUUCCACAGAAAGUCAUCAAGGCGGAGCCGGGCCUUGAAGAAACCGGUUCUUCUGGUUGGCAGCCAAACCAACCAGCCAACCAGCGCCGCCAGCCGACCAAUCCACGCCAGCCCACACGGCCAAACCAGACAGCCAACCCACGCCCCUCCACGAAGCCCAACCAACAAGCCAACACACGCCCACCCAGCAAGCCCAAGCAGCCCGCCAAGCCAAACCAGCCCGCCAAGUCCAGCCAACCAUCCAAGCCUAGGCCUCCAGCCAAGAUGGGGCCCAGCUUCGAAGAGCUGAUGGCCAUCGCGGCCAAGAAGCAGACGGAGCCGUUCAAGCUCCCAUCGAGGCCCGCUCCGAAGCCAUUUGCCGUGAAGCAGGAAGUCUUCAACGAAGACGAGUGGCGCCAGAUGAGAGAGGAAAAGAAAGAGAAGAAGAGGGCCAUGAUGCUGGUGAAGCAGGAACCGGCGGAGGAACCACUGCUCGAGCCUCCGGUGAUAAUGAGGCGUAUCAAGGAGGAGCCGGUGGAGGAACCGGUACCAACGCCGGCGGUGAUAAUGAGGAGCAUUAAGGAGGAGCCGUUCGACCCCUUCUUGGCUGAGAUGGAGCUCCAAAUUGGAGCAUACGAAACGGAAAGGGGUCUUCAAAGAUAG